CGAUGGCGGCCGAGGGGGAUGUGGAGCUGGAGCUGGAGGCCGAGCCCAACGGCUCCGCGGUCGGCGGGGAUGGCGCCGGCGGCCGCCCGGCCGAAAAACCGCGGAAGCACGACAGCGGCGCGGCUGACCUGGAGCGCGUGACCGACUACGCGGAGGAGAAGGAGAUCCAGAGCUCCAACCUGGAGACGGCCAUGUCAGUGAUAGGGGACCGAAGGUCUAGAGAGCAGAAAGCAAAGCAGGAACGAGAAAAAGAGCUGGCAAAAGUCACCAUCAAGAAAGAGGAUCUGGAAUUGAUUAUGAAUGAGAUGGAGAUCUCUAGGGCGGCAGCAGAACGCAGCUUACGGGAACACAUGGGCAAUGUGGUGGAUGCACUAAUCACUCUUACCAAUUGAGAACUCUGUGCUGGAUGUGCUUCUGUGGAGAAAGUGAAAAAUAUGCCUCUGGAGGGCCUUUUUUAUGCAGAUUAUGCACUGUAUGACACAUUUUGAAGUUAUUAAAUAAAGUUGUGAUUUUCCAGCUUA